AUGAACUCCCUUCGCAUUGCCCGCGCGGCUGUCCGCGCUCGCCCUGCAGCUAUUCGGGCUGCUGCCCAGCGAAGAACCUACGCCGAGGCCGUUCCCGACAAGAUCAAGCUGUCCAUGUCUCUGCCUCACCAGUCCAUAUACAAGUCCCAGGACGUCGUGCAGGUCAACAUUCCCGCCGAGUCUGGCGAGAUGGGCGUCCUGGCCAACCACGUUCCCUCCAUCGAGCAGCUCAAGCCCGGCAUCGUCGAGAUUGUCGAGGAAAGCGGCGGUGCCAAGCAGUGGUUCCUUGCUGGCGGGUUCGCUACCGUUCAACCCAACUCUUCCAUGAGCAUCAACUCUCCCGAAGGCUACCCCCUGGAAGACUUCAGCGCCGACGCCAUCCGAGCUGGAAUCGCAGAGGCCCAGAAGGUGGCCAACGGCAGCGGCAGCGAGCAGGACAUUGCCGAGGCCAAGAUCGAGUUGGAGGUUCUCGAGACUCUUUCUGCUCAUGUCAAAUAG